CCUCCCUUUUGUCUUUUCUUAACUUCGUUAACUCCACUAAAAGCCUCGUGGAUUUCGAGCCAGCUGCGUAAACCUCUUGGCAUUCCCUCAUUUGACUUGGUGGGAUUUUCGCGCAUCGCGUCCUAACGACUCCCGGAGCAGAAGAAAGAUUCCUGCCUUCUUCUUCUUCUUUUUUCCCUUUUUAAAGCUAAUUAUAAGCUGCGUUUCAUGGAGUUCAUGUGGAGAUCAUUUAUGACAGCGGCGAGGUUGGGAACCAUAUUGGCUCGCCUUCAAAAAGUUACAGCAGGAUGAGCCACGAAUCAAUGCAGACUGUCUCAGACCCAGUGUUUAAAAACAAAAUGCCCUUAUUUGAUGGGACAGCAGCAUCCACGGGACUGUCAAAACCACAAACUCUGUCUGGUUUCCUGGGUAAGCAACCGCUGCAGUAUAAUACAGCCUAUUUUAGUUAUGAUCCCAGAGCAAAAGAGGGUGCAGGAUUCGCUCCUCCUUGGAGCAACUCAAAGAAAUCUCCACUUGAUGACAGAAGUCCUGUCGGUCACCUUUCUGGCAUGGAGGGGCAAAACCACACGAGAUACCAGCAAGACAGAACUUCUUCAGUGGAAGGUCACAACCCAGUCAAACAGGGUUUUACCGUAUACACUAGAAGUCCUGAGAUCAGCAAUCCCACAGUUGCUACAUCAGUAACUAUUAGAAAACAAAAAACUGGAGCUGAGAAUUCAUCCUCCCCAUCUCAAAGCUCUGUUUACUUAGCCAUUCCUAAGCCGGUUUACGGACAUAACCCCUGCUGUAAUGAGCUGGGUUGUGUGAUAGGGCAACGGUACAGUUUGGAGCAUGUUUCUCCGAGGAUGCCGAACACCAUAUAUGAGCAUGACUGGAUGCAAAGGGCUGCUCACUACACCGAAAAGGCACCUAUUCAGCGGAAAGAAGCGCUGCUGCAACAGAGAGGCUUGCAGUAUGAGUGUGGUGCAGAACAAAUAAAGAGGAUGACUGUGGAGGCGUACAGCCCAAAUAGUGCCAGGACUUUGCCACCUGUGAUUGAGCCAAACUACAGCAGUUACCCCUGCACCCCAGCUCAUGCACUCUAUGGUUCUUUAACUGAGCACAGCCAGCUUUUACAGACUUCUCCCAGAGGCUACCCCAGCUUAUACACUUCCCGUCCCACAUAUGAGCAUAUGACCUCAGAGGUUUAUCAGGAACGUUCUUCCAUGUCCAAAUAUGGCCAGCUAGCACAGCACCCUGUGUUUUACUAUUCCCAGGCAAAUGGGGAGGUAGAAAACAGGACACAGUGCAAAGAUAGUGGCAGUAAACAGGGAGAAGAUGUCCCUCUUCUUCAUAAACACACUAUCUCAAACCCUCGGGAGCAUUACGUAGUGCCUCAGUGGCUUCAUGCUGAAAUUCCUUUGUCUUGUACUGAAAUGUUGCCAAAUCAUUCCUUUGUGCCGGGCUUUGAUUAUCCAUGUUAUACAGUACCUAGAUUUAAUUUAAAUGCAAGCCAAAUUAGACCCCCCUUAACAAGGCAACAUUCAUCGCCCAUGUUUCACCCAACUCCGAUAAAUGUUUCUAAAUCCAGCCAACAUAUCAAUCCUUCUAUAACAAAGGACAAGCCAAACACCAGCCUGCAUUUUGAACAACGACAUGGUUCUUCACCAUUCCUACAUGUAGAAAAAAACAACCCUUCCAGACAAAUGAACCAACCUGCCCUCUCACCAUCCAGCAUGCAAAUUGGCAGAUUUUUUCACCCACUCACCAGCCCGCACAUUGACAAACCCGCCCCUCCACCAGCUGGUAUAAACGUGGACAGACUCCGAGACUAUUCCCCUUUCGAAACCAAAGUGAAGCAUCCAAAAAGCCUUCCUGUUUCCCCAGCAGCAUGGCAACCCCAAUCACCCAGUCACAACUCAGAUCGAAUCCAGUCUGUUGUUCCUAAUGGCCCAAAUGUCCGAAAAAUUAUCCAUUCUCCGGGGAUUUCAACAGCAAGUAAGCAGAAUGCGUUUGUGUUCAAUGCAGGAACCACUGCUUCUAAAAGGUACCUGAAGAGAAGCAUUUCUCACUCAUCUCCACCCGUCAGAAUCAAAGAGGAGGAAGAUGAUUUGUAUGAAGUAGAACUUGACAGCAAACGACAAAAGUUAGAAAAAGACAAUGUUAAAGAAGGAACAAAAACCAACUCUCCUCCUAUGCCAGUUAUUGACAAUGUCUUUAGCUUGGCACCUUGCCAGCAGCUGCACCUGCAGGCCCCAGGAGUGCUAUAUCCAAGCAAAGUACCUCAGAGAGCUACCCCGACAUCUGAGGAGAAGCACGAAGACAAACUCAAGCAAGCCAUCAAAGAAAAGAUGCCAGAUCCAAACCAUCAGCAGUCUGUUGUCUGCCUAGCUUCUAAAGAAAUUUCUCCAGAUACUCCAGCACAGAACAAGGAUGAUGACGUCUUUGAACUCAAAAAUAUUAAAGUAGAAAAAGUAGAUCCAUCAGGUGAAGACAACCCUGCUGACACAAAAAACAGCUGCAGCAAAGUGAUAAUCAAAAAAGAGCCUGAAGAGACUGCUUCAUCUAACAGCGGCCCAGUGUUGAAAGAGAAAUGUGAAUCUGAUGAACUUGAAAAUAAGCCCUCAUUUGCAGGUGAAAACGAGGCUUCAGAAGAGCCCAAACCUGCAGAGUUGACUGCACAAACAAACUCAUCUUAUCAGGUGGACACACGGCACAAACGGGCGGUAACCCUUCAGCCCAAAUGCAAUACUCCACUUCGGUCAUCUGAGAGCAAAGUAAAUUUCAAAAACAUUCCACCUCAUUGCCUUAAACUUUCCACCUACAAUAUUAUUUUCCCUGCUGGCAAGCAAUGCAAAGCCGCCCCACCCCCAGAGAAGCAAUCUCCACAACCAGUAACUGUACUUGCAUCACGACUAGAACCCCAAACACCAGUCCGCAAGCACUUCUUUGAGCUACAUCAUUCUCUAUGCAAGCUUUUGUCCAAAUGUGUGUCAGCCUCUUCGGAGCAGGACCUCAAAAAAUGGUGGUCUCAACUAGAAAUAAGUGAACCUACGCCCCAGUCAAGCAAAGUCCAGAAAGUGUCCUGCUUGUUGGGAGUGAAAGCCAGAGAGGUGUGGAUCAAUGAGGAAAUCAAAGCGGCCUUCAGUAAUGUCCACAAAAGGUUGAGCGAGUACACCGUUCAGAAGCGCUGCCCUUUUCCACACGUCAUGCGGGCGGGAGCCGUGUUUCUCCCCAUGUUGGUGGUGAAAGAGCAGCUGUUUCCAAUGGUCCAGGGCAGCUUCAUUGACCAGGUCCUGCAGGAGCACAAAGUGGAGCUGCGGCCCACUACGCUUUCUGAAGAGAAGAUCCUCAUCCAGCUUCAUAAAAGAGCCUGCUCCUCCAGGCUCAGGAGACUGAUGUCCCUCAAACACCUGCCUGACAUCUACAGUGAUGCAAUCAACCUUCUGUAUUACACCUGCGUCUGCAAACACCUGGGAUUAAAUGUCGAUCCUGAUUCUGGAGAUCAAGUCGGAGGUUUUGGAGUGUCCAACCUCAGAAGGAAUCCUGUAUUUUCAGACAUUGCUUCACCAACCUCACCAUCAGAGUCUCACCAUGAGACGGAUCCAGAAGCGCAAUCAGAUUUGAGCAGGAAUGGAACAAAGGGCAGAGUGAAGAGCAGUUUUAGGCACAUGUUUCCAGAUGACACCUGUUCAGAUGAGGAAGAGGCAGGUGAUGUAGAGAUGAUGGGCUAUGAGGGUGUUCCAAGCACAUUUACAAGGAGAAAUUGUGAUGCCUAUAGAACUGGGAAUAAAGGAAUUGAACACAUGGAUUCCUCUGCUGCUUCACAAAUCACAAUCUCUGACAAUUCAUGGGUGUGUCCUUUAACAUUAGAUGAGCUGUCUCCAUCUCCUAGUGACACAGAAACUGAGAAAUCCUCAAAUCUGUUGUCUAGUAAUCAGUCUGCAGGACCUCAGGUCAAAUCCAGGAACUGCUCAGGCAUGAUUCUUAAACUGAGAAAGAUGUUCGGUAAGGGUCUAAACAGAAAAAAGACCUGCUACCAGGCAGUGUCGGUGCCUGGGACAUUUGCUGAUUCUUCACUGUCCCAGGCUAAUGAUGGAGAGGGUGUCAGCACCAAGAGGGACCUGCACAGGACAUCCAAAUUAAAACACAGGUUGCAGAGAAAAGGAAGUUUAUCUCGUGCCCUUAGCAACCCCUCUAAAAAGAAAGUCAGAUCGCUACUGAAGAUUAAAUACUGUCCCUACUUGUCUGCCUGCCACAGCGCUGAACACAGGAAGCGAUGGGUCCUGCGCUCAGCUGUCCAGAGGGCUCGCAAGGCCAUGAGGCUUUACUACCCAGACUUGGUAGGAAAGAAGAUCAGACAUUUGUAUGAGGAAGACGACAAAUCGGAAGUGUGGUACACAGGAGAGGUGCUGCGUAUCCAUGAGGCUCACACCAACCCUCUAAAGACUAUUUUCGAGGUCAGGUAUGACAGUGAGCCAGAGUGGAAGUACUACCUCGAACUGUUGAUAGACUAUAAAAAAGGCUGGCUAAAAAUUCAAGACUAGUCUUCACACCUUAACCCUAUGGCAGUUUGGUCUUCAGGUCACUGAGUGCAUCAACAAUCAGUCUGGUGUCAUGAAGAAUGAAGGACGGGAUAUCUUUUUGUGGUGAGCUCAUCGGAACAUUUCUCAUCAUUUGAGAGAAACAAGAAGACCGCUUUCUGGAUGGGCUCUACAUCCAACAUAUAUGUUUGAUACUGCUUUUGGCUUUUUAAAAACUUUAUUCACAAAUGAGAAUUUGAUGAAGGACAUCCCACAUUAUAAACUUAUUGCAAGCAAAUAGAAAUUAUUUAUUUUUAGGCCAAUGUAAGCCUCUCCUGAUAGAAGUGUAAUUCAGAGGGAAGUUAGUGACCAUUAGGUAGUUAAAAAAAAAAUCUUUAUUUUUUGUUAAUUUUAAAAGGGAUUCACUGUAGUGUGUUUACAGUACACAAUUUUGUCUUUUUCCUUCUCUGGUGACUUUUUCACUGGUGUAACUGUAAUUAGGAUUGAACCCAGUUCUUUACUAAGCUGUUGUGGGUGUUUUGUUGUUAUUGAUGUAAUUGUUUUUAAUCGGUGACAUCUGUUUACUAAAAACAGCUAGUCCUGUUAUUUCUUUUUCUUAAAAAAUUACAUUGUACAGAUAUUCUCACUUCUGUCUGAAAUAAAAGUUUGUAAUAUUACUUUUUCA